CGUCACGGUCAAGUAAUUCAUUUUCGUUUUUGCGUACUUAAGCCGUGCUGCACAUUGAGAACCCCCUAUCCCUUCUGCUCUUAAACAGAAGGACGCUUUACACACUGCUUACCAUGACGGAUUUCAAUUCGGACCCAAAGGCGGCAGAGUCGGUCAUUGUGUCGCCUCUGCCCAAGCAUCUCUACGAGGAACUGCAUGCUUCGCUCAAGGGCCAGGUCUUCGUUCGAGGAAAUCCACACUUCACUGAAUACACGACAAUGUUCAACGGGAAUGUAAAAUCACUGGCAAAGGCUGUCGUCUGUCCCGUCGAUGCGGAGGAUGUCAGCACUGUCAUACUUUUCUGCUUAAAACACUCAUUGUCACCGUCCAUCAAGGCCGGUGGGUAUGGGACUGCUGGCUGGGCCGUAGGAGGAGAUAUUGUUCUUGACAUGAGCAGGAUCCUGGACAUUGACAUUGAGGUCCCGAAUCCUGAACUUACAGGUGGGUACACGAGCCUCAAGGACAUGAAGCCCUCCGAGUCCGCGAACAGCAAAGGCAAACAGCCAGCUAACGGUAAACGACGACGGGAAGAAGACGCCAACCUUCGUUCAUACCAUCUAGCUUCAGAGGCUGUAGCCAAUUUUCUCGAAGGCCCGUCAAUUAAUAGAAGGAGGACCAAUCUCGACGGAGAGUCUGUAUCUCCACCGUUAGCCCCCCUUGCUUCGCCUGUUAUUAUCCUUCCGAGCUCUUCGAACGGCCCAGCACCUGCACCCCCACCGGGCGCCUCUCAAGCGCCUCUAGACGCUGACCCUUUUGGGUACAUGAACCCAAGUCGGCUUAUCCUUUCCCCCGGCAUAAACGUCUCUUCGUCUUACUCGCCACGGACCGGGACCGAGACCGCCAUGCCGUUUUCUGGAAGCUCGAAUUUACCUUCUGCACAGCUAAAUAUUCUCUCACCUCCAGAGCCUGUGCAUUCGCAUGCAUUCGUCACGUUCGGAGCCGGGAUGCGACAAAAGGAAAUUGAUAUGUACACGGCUGCACAUCCGCUGGAGGCUACCUCGUUGUCCGGGAAGAACGACGGGGUACCCUACCAUGUACCUUUCGCUGCUCAUCCUGUAGGCUCAUCCAUUAUGCUUCUCGGAGGGUUUGGGUUUCUCGGACGUCUUCAUGGCUUGAGCAUUGACAACCUGGUGGAGGUUGAGGUGGUCCUGGCAAAUGGAAAGAUAGCCAUCGUGAACGAGAGAUCUCAUCCUGACCUUUGGUGGGCAGUACGCGGCGCUGGACCAGCGUUCGGAAUUGCUACUCGUUAUAAAGCUAAAGCGUACCCGGUACCCGUGGUAUUCGCUGGGAACCUCAUAUACCGUUUCAAAAAAGCUACAGCUCCCUCUCUUUUGAAGCAUUUCCGUGAUUGCGUCAAGGGCGCACCGCGAGAGCUAUAUGCCAAUGUCCUGCUUACAGCUGGACCAGAGGGGGAAGCCUCUUUGGUUGUAAUCCAGAUGUGCUACGUGGGUACGAAAGAGAAAGGACAGGAAUACUUGGCCGCGAUAUCCUCAUGGACGGGAGAAACCUGUCUCUUGAAUGAGGUGGAUGUGAAGAGUUUCUUGCAUCAACAAGGCAGUGUAGCGCAGGUUCUUCGGGGAAAAGCUGGAAGACAGUGGUUCAUUCGGUCAGCGUUGAUCACAUCGCUGCCCGACGAUGUUAUCCAUGAGACUGUUCUGAACUUUUCGGACACGCCGGAUGGUUGCACUUGGCUCUUUGAAUUGACGGGAGGCCGGAUCAGCGACAUCGAAGAUUCGUGCUUGCCAAAGGAGCAAAGAGAGGCAGCAUUUUCUAUUGCCGCUCUCCAUCAAUGGGAUAUGGGGGUGGAAGACGACAGGUGUGAGGAGUCGGCCGAAGAGUGGAUUGGGGGCACCCUCAAACCUGUGCAUAGAGGCGGUCCGCUCCCUAGUUUUCUUGGCAGGCAUGAAGCACCUGAGCGGACGAUUGCAUGUUACGGCGACAAAAACUUUGCGCGUCUUAAGGAGAUAAAGAAAAAGUAUGACCCUGAUAAUGUAUUUAGGAAUUGUCUGUGGCCUCUCGACGCACAAGGAUCCAUGGUAGAGGCCAGAUUGCAGGAGCCUCCGACGCCUUAACAAGGGACGUUUGGGGUGUGGCGGAACAAUGGAUCAUGUUUGAAAUCUAUAACCACAUGAACGUGUAGUGUAUAAAGCUUGCUUUGCUAAAUAUACG